AUGAUUGGGCUGGUCUGGUCACAACCCUCAAAAUCACACGUCAACUCACAAGUGUGCUCGGUGACGAUGAGCCACUCGCCGUAGUGGACGAAUAAUAAUAAUAAUAUUAUCAUCACCGAAUUAUUCCCUUUAAUCCUCUCUCUAUCUUCACCCAACAACAAAUCCUCCACUUGUAUUAUUAUUAUUUCACCGGAAACACACACACACACACACACACACACCAAUUGUUUAUGUUCCGGCAAUGGUUUCGCCUGAGAACAACACCAAUUGGAUCUAUGAGUACGGUUUAAUUGAAGAUAUUGCGAUAACUGAUACUAAUAGCUUCACCGUUCCGGUUUCUGGAUUCACCUGGCCGGUUCAAACAGCUUUCAACGGUUCAUCAUCUAACCCUAGUGCUGACGGGUCAAUCGUGGAUUCGGAUGGACAUAAUGAAUCUAGGUCAAAGAAACGGGGAAGGGCUGAAUCUUGCAGUGGUACAAGUAGCAAAGCAUGUCGAGAGAAAUUGAGGAGGGAUAAGCUAAACGACAAGUUUGUUGAACUGGCAUCAAUUCUUGAUCCGGGAAGGCCCCCUAAAAUCGAUAAAGCUGCUAUUUUGGUUGAUGCUGUCCGCGUAGUGACCCAAUUACGAAAAGAAGCCCAGAAGCUGAAAGACUCUAGUUCAGAUCUUCAGGAGAAGAUUAAGGAGCUGAAGGCUGAGAAAAACGAACUUCGUGACGAGAAACAAAGACUGAAGAUGGAGAAAGAGAAGCUUGAGCAGCAAGUAAACUCUAUGAACCCACAACCUACUUUCAUGGCUCCUCCACCCGCAAUGCCUGCCGCUUAUGCUGCUGCCGCUGGUCACGUUGGAAAUAAGUUGGUUCCAGUCAUCAGUUACCCAGGAAUGGGAAUGGCCAUGUGGCAGUUCAUGCCCCCUGCUGCGGUCGACACCUCACAGGAUCACGUGCUCCAUCCGCCAGUCGCUUAAUUCAGUGAUCGCUGGAUGUGCAAUCGGUUUGUCAUUAAUCUUAUAAUCUAUGACUGUUAGGUUUGUGUUUGUGUAAGUGUAACUAUGCUCAAAUUUGGAAUUGUACUCUUCAUGUUAUACUUUUGGCAUGUAUAUGAAGUUAAACCAACUGUUAAUGUGUGUGAUUUUUGUUA